AUGGAAGCCGACCCCCUCUAUCACACCAAGCAACUCUUUUACCAGUCCUCUUUCCAAGCCUGCAUCGACUCCGCCACAGAAUUCCUCCACACCCCACCCACCGACGACCUCGAGUCACCCGAAGAUGCCCUCGGCCGCGCCGUCUACAUUGCCCGAUCCCACCUCGCGCUCUCACCGGUAGAUAUUGAGAAGUCUCGUGCUGUGCUUGCCCCGUGGCUCGCUGGCGAGUCCCCGGCAUUGCAGGCGCGCGCUGUGGAUAUCUUUGCGCAAUACCUCGCUUCUCCCGAGGAAGAAAAGGUGGAAGAGAUCAGAGAUGUGGUGCUCGAGUGUGAGGGUGAGGCUGGGGAGGCCCUCGUCCGAGCAGUCGCCGGUGGGCUGUUCAUCCUGGCAGGGGAGAAGGAAGAGGCUGUCGCUACUUUGGCCGACGGUGCUGCUAAAGAAGAUCUCGAGUGCAUCGCAAUCCUGGUGCAACUUUUGCUCUCGCUCAACCGACGCGACCUUGCCCUCCAAACAUACACUGCUGCCAAGAGGAUCGGCAACGACUCUAUGCUUAUCCAGGCCAUUGAAGCCUGGAUCGGUCUCAAAUCUGGCGCUCAACCCCUCCACCAAUCCUUCUACUUUUACGAAGAACUUUACCAACUCCCCUCUGGCCGUACACCCCCUAUCCUGGCCGCUCACGCUGGCGCCCACUUGUUGUUGGGAGAGAAGGAAGAAGCAGAGGAGGACGUCAAGGAGGGACUGAAGAGCGGUGGAGCGAAGGGGAAGGCGGAUUUGGUGGGUGUUGGAUCGAGCUUGGGAUUGAAGGACUUUGCUUCUAAAUUGCAAGAAACAGAGCCCGCCCACCCUUACGCCAUCGAUCUCGCUGAGAAGACUUUGGCGUUUGACGAAGCCGCCAAAAAGUGGGCCGUCGCCGCUUGA